AUGGUCUGUUUUCACAACUCCUCGCAAACAGAUGAUAUUCCAUGCAAGCUAACUAAUCUCCCCUUUUUCUUGACAAACUCACAGACGAACUUCUUCCACCAGAUAUACCUGAGCCAUGCAAACCGCGUUGUUACUGAUUAUAUCACCAGAGGAAGACGCCACAAGAUUUCUCGGGCGCAGAUUGAAAUGCAAAUUCUGAAAGAAAUCGAGAAAUCUUCUCUUCCGUCAGCAUAUCGCGUUUCGUGGUACGCAUUGGUAUUGCAAUCGGACACGUUUGAUAUUUACUGGCUGGGGCAGCGCGACCAGCACCAUCUCAGCAAAGAGUCGAUUGCGCGGUUGAAGCCGGAUGAAUCUCUUAUUGAAGAAUGCGUUUUCGAAAGCCCCGAAAGCUCUCCUGCCUGCUCGGAUCGAGAGAUGUCUAACAGCCCACAGGCGGAGACUACAGCUGAAGGAGUUAGUUCAAUUUCCAGCUCAAGCUCUAACGAUGAUGACGGAACAAUCGACAACCAGCCCUCCUCGGCAUCCGAUACACCACCGAUAGCGCAGCCUGAAUCUGAGGAACGAGCCGAAGCCUACAAAGCCACUCCGGCAGAAACACUAAUUCCUAGCAUUGAGGGUGGGCCUGUCCAUCCCCAUGUAUCAGGAAAAACCAUUUCAGAAAUAGGUGUCAUUCCUGGGACAUCCAGGAAGACCACUCCGAGACCAGCGCAGCCCGCACGCAAGGCACGUAAAACAACAGCUACUGCAAGCACCCCCAAGAACCAAAAGGCCACUAGGAUGAAAGCUCCGUCGAAGAAGAAACCUAAAGUGGCGCUUAAAAAGCCUAGAGUUACUCUAGGCACUACUACCGAAGAGUCUGAGAAAGACCGAGAGCCGAUGAAUGCAGAACCCAAUGGCGUCGACCCAGAGCUCCAAAUGGGGAGUCGAGCCACCUCUGCGGGCGACCGAGACCAGACAAAAACACAGGAGCGGGUUAAGAAAGCCUGGGAAACACGGCGACGUAAAGCAGCUGAAAAAGCAGCCGAAAAAGCAGCCGCAAAGGCAGUGGCUUUGGCCCAGGAGGAGGGGACAGCUACAUGCCACAACACUGUCGUGCAGCCUGCCGCAUCCCCAGCUGCAAAAGCCGGCAAAGGGCGAGGCAGAAAGAAGAAAGCAGUGCGUUUCAACCUCCCCGAAACCAAUCUUGACGGCGAAGAAAAUAUUGACCAACUCUCGAAGGACCCUUAG